AUGGUUAAAGAUACUAAAUUUUAUGACGUGCUUGGAGUAGCGCCAAACGCACAGGACACAGAGUUGAAGAAGGCAUACAGAAAAGCAGCUUUGAAAUACCACCCUGAUAAGAACCCUACACCAGAAGCAGCCGAAAAGUUUAAGGAGAUCUCUCAUGCGUACGAGAUCUUGUCUGAUGAGCAAAAAAGAGAUAUUUAUGACCAGUAUGGUGAAGAAGGUUUAUCCGGUGCCGGUGCUGGCGGUGCUGGUAUGAAUGCCGAUGACAUCUUCUCACAAUUCUUUGGUGGUGGUUUUGGUGGAGCCGGUGGUCCACAAAGACCAACUAGAGGAAAAGACAUCAAGCACAGCAUCUCGUGCACUUUGGAAGAUUUGUACAAGGGUAAAACUACUAAAUUGGCCUUGAACAAGACCAUCUUAUGUACAGAAUGUGAAGGUAGAGGUGGUGCCAAGGGCAAAGUACAGCAAUGUUCUGAUUGUCAUGGUUCAGGUAUGAAAUUUGUCACCAGACAAAUGGGUCCAAUGAUACAAAGAUUUCAAACCGUGUGUGACAAGUGUAAUGGUACCGGUGACAUUAUGGAUGCAAAGGACAGAUGUACUCGUUGUAGAGGUAAAAAGACUGAGCAAGAAAGAAAGAUCUUGCAGGUCCACGUUGAUCCUGGUAUGAAAGAUGGCCAAAGAAUUGUUUUUAGUGGCGAAGGUGACCAAGAACCAGGUAUCACACCUGGUGAUGUUAUUUUCAUCGUUGAUGAAAAACCAAAUGCCGAUUUCCAAAGAAAAGGCAAUGAUUUGUUCAAAGAAUACGAGGUGGAUUUGUUGACCGCAUUGGCAGGAGGAGAAAUUGCAUUCAAACAUAUUUCCGGUGAAUGGAUCAAGAUUCAAGUUACUCCAGGUGAAGUUAUUUCCCCAGGUGAAUUGAAAGUCGUUGAAGGCAAGUCUGGUAGAGGUAACUUGAUUAUCCAAUUCUCAGUUAAAUUCCCAGAUAGUCAUUUUGCUGAUGAGGACAAAUUGAAAGAAUUGGCAUCUAUUUUGCCACCAAGAAAAGAAGUCAAGAUUCCUGCAGGCGCUGUUGUCGAUGAUUGCGAGAUGGCCAAAUACGAUCCAUCUAAGCACCAACAAAGAAGAAGAGCUGACGCUUAUGAUUCUGACGAUGAAGAUGGACGUGGUGGUCACCCAGGAGUUCAAUGUGCAUCUCAAUAA